UAUGACACCUUACCCCACUGGAGUAUUCUUUUAAAAUGCGCAGUUACCCAAGCAGAACACUUGGAGAUUUGUAAAUAGGGCGGGAACACUUGUAUCAUACCUGGUCCAGCGGACGCACUACCAGGACCGAGUGCAAUGAAUCGUCUGUGGGACUUAUUACUUUUCUGGUUCCUCUUACAGGUUGGAAACCAAGGGAGUCACGGCCACAAUGAUGGAAAGAUAGGCGACAUCGGUUUCAAGUGUCCAAGCGGAUCUAAGUUUUACCAAGGUUACUGCCUCAGAAAAGAGACGGUUCCGAUGACAUGGGAAGACGCAAAGACAGCCUGUUUACGAUCUGGCAUGUAUUUGGCCUGGAUAGAGGAUGACAUUGAAAACGAGUAUGUCGCCACCCACGUGAUGUCUGAUGUGAACCAGUACUGGAUUGGUUUGUCAAAUACAUCCUCGACUUCAGGACAAAAUGAUGUAUCGUGGUCCCGUUAUAGAAUGUCGGAAGACAAGACGAUUCCAGUGUACAAAGGGAUGUGGAAAAACUUGCAACCAGCUGAUUUCAUGGAGGAGAAUAAGUGUGUUUCUACCCUAAAGGAUGAAUAUGACAACCACUGGACAGUCACAAAUUGUAGAAAGAAGCUUCCAUUUGUUUGCAAGCUUAUGGGAGCCCCUAAACCACAUGAUAUCAUAUUUUGUGGAAAUGGAGGCUACAUUCAUAAGAAAUGGAAAUGUGAUGGACAGAAUGACUGUGGAGACAUGUCUGAUGAAAUUGAUUGCUCAUCAAGUUGCUCUGAAUUAAAAAUGCUUGAAAAGGGUACACCAGGAUCUAUAACAAUGACCUCAUUUGAUAAUAAUGCCUUCUGUACAUGGACAAUACAAGCUCCUGUUGGUGACCGCAUCAAAAUUACAAUAAGUUCAAGUUUUCAUUUGGAGGAAAAUGCUGAUGUUCUCAGUGUAUGGACAGGAGGUAUAUCUUUAAAGGAGAGCAAUUUUCUUGGAAGUGUAACAGGAAGUCUUCAAUCACAAAAGGAAUUCUACUCACAGAACAAUUACAUCAUCAUGCAGCUUAGCAUGGAUGGUUCCGUAAAUGUCAGAAGUGGAUUUACUGUAACCUAUGAAAACGUCGCUGAUUCAGUGAUUUGGAAUGAUAUGAAGAAGCUGACAGCAGGCAGUAGCUGGCAGAACCUGGAGUCACCAUUGUAUGGGACAGCUGUUCCAUUUGGAUUACAACUAGAAUGGUUGAUAACAGCAGGAUCUUUCCAAGUAGUGACAUUGGAGUUUUUGGAGGUAGAUUUGCCUACAAGCAGUUCUCUUCAAGUUUAUGAUGGAGAAGACUUAAUGGCACCUCAAGUUUUCAUGUUGAAUAAAACUCCUAUGCAUCCCAUCUACAUAUCUAGAAGUAAAUCUGUUAGAGUUGUGUUAUCAACAGAUGAGCAUGAGUAUACCAAGUAUCGAGGAUUUCAGCUCAAAUACAAGGAAGGUUGUAAUAUUGAGAUGAAGCAACAAGGAACUAUCUAUUCACCUGGCUAUAAAGUUGGCAGCUAUCCUUCCAAUGUCACAUGUGCAUGGAUUCUUACACGCAAUACAGGAGAAACUAAACCCAUUUCUCUACGAUUCACAGAAUUUAAAGUUAAAAGCAAUUCUGAUUACGUAGAGGUUUAUAAUGACACUGCUGGUACAGCAUUGCACACAGGAAGUGGGCUGACAGGCACUUCUGACAUUACUGAAAUAUUUAGUUCUACCGAUGGAUAUCUCAAUGUGACCUUCAAGUCCAAUCUGGUAUUGGUUGAAAAAGGAUUCAAGGCUGAGUUCUCUGUUGACUGCCCCAUGCUAACUCUCUCACAAUGGACGAUAAAUUCACUUACGGAUAAAUACACAGCCCUUAACACAGAAAUUGAAUUGUCCUGUCAACCAGGAUACUCAUUUAAACAAGAGGAGUACAACAUGGAAAGUUCUAUUGCUCUGAAAUGUUUACCUGGAGGAAAAUGGAAUGUGUCAAGAAUACCUGACUGCCAGAUUACAUACUGUAGCACACCCCCAGCAGUUCCAAAUGGAAUCCUUAAAAAUGCAACAGGUGGUAAGGUAGGAGAUAAUGCAACAUAUGAAUGCAAUGGUGGCUUCACUCUUAGUGGAUCAGCCACCAUCCAGUGUCAAGAGAAUGGAAUGUGGGAGGCUCAACCAAGCUGCAGUGCUCAACAAUGCAGCCCAAUAAGUGAUCCAGCCAAUGGAAAUAGGAACAUUACUGAAGGAAGUGGGACUGAUUUUGCCUCGGUGUUGAUGUUUAGCUGUGACCCAGGAUAUGAUCUUCUAGGGUCUGUGUACAUCCACUGUAGGUCAGAUGGUACAUGGUCACAUCCCAAACCUUCUUGUACAGAGAUAAAAUGUCCCUUACCACAAGUGAUGUAUGGUAAAGUUGAAUCAGGUGGUGAUGUUAAGUAUAAAGAGACAGCCAAGCUGAAGUGUGAUGCUGGGUUCAUUGUAAAUGAUACAACUUUAACUGAAAAAGAUGUGACCUGUGGGAGUGAUGCCAUGUUUUCUGGAUUGGAUCCAUGUGUCAACAAGGAUGAAUGUUCAGCCAAUGAAUGUGGAUCUGUUUCCAACACAAUUUGUGUAGAUACAAUUGGUUCAUAUUUCUGCAAGUGCAAAGAUGGUUUUUCACGAUCAGGCUCAUCAGGACCAUGUGGAGAUAUUAAAGAAUGUGCGGUUAGUAAUGGAGGAUGCAGCGGUGAAUGUAUUAAUGACUCUGAUGGCUCAUAUUCUUGCUCCUGUGGGGCAGGUUAUGAAUUGUAUGCUUAUCCUGACUUUAACAACAUUAGCUUAGCAGAUGGAGAAACGGGAACAAGAGCAGGGGAUAAAAUAAGAAUUAACCAUACCUGUGUCAGAGUUCAAUGCCCUACACCAGUAUCUCCAAUGAAAGGAAAGAUUCUGAGCAACAAGGAACUUUUCUAUUACGAGGAUGAGAUAUCCGUGGAAUGUGAUCAUGGUUAUUUCAUAGCACCUUCCUCACGUUCCCGUGUACUGAAAUGUGAAAACUCAGGACAGUGGUCUGCUAACAUGCCAAACUGUACAAUGGGGAGCUGUAUGAUUCCUGCAUUGAGUUCGGAUCCAAAUUACAACAGAAUUAUUCCAAAUGACACAAGCGUGGACUUUGGUACUGAUGUUACCAUUGAAUGCAGAUAUGGAACUGGUUUUCGUAAUCUAUCCUUGUACUGUGGGGAAAGUGGUGUGGCAACCUACACACUGCUGGGAGAUAAUCUCACCUGUCCAGUGAUUGAUUGUGGGACCCCAGAGGAAGUACCAGGCGCUGAAGAUUUCAUCUUUACUGACACUCUCUAUGCCAGUAGCUUUAACUUUAGUUGUAAGACUGGCUCAGUGCGUAGUGGAGUCUCAGUAAGUGGAGACUAUACUGUCACUUGUCAGGAGAACAGAAGAUGGGGUUUCGGAAAUCUCACAUGCACAGUGGGGCGCUGUAAAGAUCCUGGAACACCAGGGGGAGCUGUUCAAGAAGUGAAGAGUUAUGAGGCGGGGCAGCUGCUCAGUUUCAGGUGUUUACGUUCAGGAUAUGAACCAAUCCCGUCAGCACCAUUAAUGUGUCAACAGGGUGUUAACAUUUCUGAAUGGAAUAGCACAUCUUUACCAUUAUGUACAGAUGUAACUCCACCAAAAUUCAGUAACUGCCCAAAUAUGCUAUUUUAUGUUGACAAAAUGGAAGCCACUAAGUUUGAUCUUCCAACUGCAUCGGAUAACUCGGGCUUGGUAAAAAAUGUUACUGUGAUGCCUUACAACUUUAAACCAGGAACUGUGGUGUCUGAGGAUGUAAAUGUCACCUACACAGCAGUAGAUAACAGUGGGAACUCGGCUACCUGUACAAUAUCAUUCAUCAUCAAAGAUCGUUCACCACCCACAUUGCAAUGUCCUAAAUUUCUUGAAGAAACAAUCAGCACAACAACAGGAAUCAAAGUUGAUCUAAAUGCUUCUGUAACUACUGGAGCAACAUUUUACCCUAAUCAAUUUAUCACACUAAAUCCCUCAACACUUGAUGGACCACGCCAAGUCAAUGGAACAUUGCAAGACAAAUGGGGGACAUCAAAUACAUGUACAUUUUUGAUUUACACCAAAGCUGAAGUGUGCUUCAAGGAAAGCUUACCAUCUGUAUCCUAUGCUGAUAGGAGUUGUGUUUCAGAAGGGGGAAAUGUAACAUGUACAUAUAAUUGUAAAGAUGGAUAUGUGUACUUUGAUGGAUCUACCUCCAAACAAUACCAUUGCUCAGGAGCCAAUAACUGGUCUCCCUCAGCUAGUCCUGAAGAUUGUCUUAGUAAGUAUCAUGAAUGUGAUGUGGUACAGAAUUUGUGUAAUCCAAAUCCAUGUCGGAAUGGGGCUGAAUGUAAAUCAUGGGGUGCCGUCAGAAGACAGUGUAUCUGUAGGCCUGGCUACACAGGCGUCAAUUGUUCUGCUAACAUAGAUGAUUGUGGAUUAAAUAGAGAUGGUUGUCUAUAUAAUGGAGAAUGUGAGGAUGGAGUUGACUCCUACACAUGUAAGUGUGUGUCAGGCUUCAAUGGAAGACACUGUCAGACCACCACAGAUCUCUGUAGUGGAACACCAUGCUCAAACGGAGGCUGUGUUAACAACUAUGCUAAUGCUACAUACAAAUGUUUCUGUGAUUACCCAUACCAAUUAGGAAGCAAUGGUCAGUGUGAGAUGAUUGAUUUAUGCAACACUACCAACUGUAACAAUGGAACAUGUCUGAAUGGAAAGUGUAGUUGUGUGGAUGGAUAUGAGGGGUCACUUUGUCAACACAGUGUGGAUGAGUGCAAGACCAGCCCUUGUAAAAAUGGAGGGACAUGUGUGGAUGGACAUAACGACUACAGUUGUGAAUGUCUCUCCGGAUUCACUGGAAAAGAUUGUGAAAAGAAUAUUACAGAUUGUCCAGGAUCUUGUAAUAUGAGGUACACUGCAGGGACUGUUGAUAAGAUUGAUGAAUGUGAAUGUAUAUGUAUGGCUGGAUAUACAGGCAUUAACUGCACGGAAGAAAUUGAUGAAUGUGCCAGUUAUCCUUGUAAGCAUGGAGCCACCUGUACAGACCGUGUCAAUGACUACCGCUGUAACUGUACAGAGGGAUGGACAGGCAAGAACUGUGACCAGCAAAUCGACUAUUGUACAACCACCUCUAGCAAGUGUCAGAGUGGGAAAUGUUUCAACUUGAUUGAUGAUAAAUACUGCAGAUGUAGUGCUGGGACAAGAGGUGAUACAUGUGAAGACAUACCAGAUGUGUGCAAUGUUGUCAACCCAUGUACAACAAUGGGUUCAUGUAAAAAUUUAAAUGGAACAGCAGGAUGUUCCUGUCAGAUUAACUACUCUGGAAACUCUUGUCAGUUAUUGAAAGACUUCUGCACUGGAUCUACCACAUGUCUAUAUAUGAGCAUGCCUGGUACUGGAGGGAUGUGUACUAAUCUGGAGAGUGGAGGGUACAACUGCCAGUGUCAAACAGGUUAUUCAGGAGCCACAUGCCAAACUAAGACAACCCUUUGCUCAACCCUGAAUUGUGGAAGUAAUGCUCAGUGUAAUGAGGAGAUUGGUUGUUACUGUCAAGAAGGGAAAAUCCUGACGGACAACAAAGCAUGCAAACAGCCUUCCAAUGACUUUGAUAUGUUGUUUGACCCUCAGAUAGGCGAUGAGGGAGCCUAUACCACCGCUGUUCUGAAUGAUCCUGAUAACAGUGAUAUGUCAUUCAUGUUAUGGGUCAGGUUUAAUAAGGAUCAAAAGGAUAUUGAUAACACUGUGAUCUUGAAGCUGGGAGAUUUUGCAGAAGUAAAAAAUGACUCAAUCACUGUGUGGAAUACAACAAACAACUUUGUGGUAGAUUUUACAAUCUUUGGAAAACCAAUUGAAAUGGAUAAUGGCAAGUGGCAUGUUAUUGUGUGUUCUUGGAAACGAAAUGGAGAAUCAUUAGUUGCUGUGGAUGGUGUCAAAGUCUUUGAAAACAUUUCUCUUCCAGGAAUACUGCCCAAAGUGUUCAAAGUUGAAAUUGGAAAGAAAUUUGGAGGCCGUAUCUCACAAGUAAAACUAUGGGCAAAUAGUUUAACAAUCAGUGAUGUUUACCAGCUUGAUGAGGAUGAGAAUUAUGUACCACCUGGAUCAACUGUUGUUCAUGGUUGGUACAACUAUAGAAUAAACAAAGGAGUUGUUAAAAAGAGUCCUACACAGAUUGAGAAGGAGGUGUGUGAUGUCCCUGCCUGUUCAACAUCAGAUAAGAUUAAACCAAAAAUAAAGGAGUGUUCAAAAGAUGUUUCAAUAUACUCUGCUGCCAGAAUCUUCUCACAUUCACUUCCAAAGUUUACUGACAUGUUCGGCGAUUUCAAUGAGAGUUUGUCUUUGUCUUCACAUGAAGGCAGUACCUUCACAUGGGGUGAUUACAGUUUACUGUUUAUGGCCUCUGAUGAUAAUGGAAAUACAGCUAUGUGCCACAGCAAGUUGUAUGUUAGAUAUCAUGAUGAAUGUCCUGCUCCAAGAACAUCUUCAACAGUUAAAUACUGUUCUGGUUCCAGUGGAGAUAUUUGUAAACUGGAAUGUCCUAGUAAUCAACAGUUAUCUCUUCCUGCUCCCAAAUAUAUACCCUGUUCAGAGCUUGGUGUGUACAAUCCACUAAAACCUCAAGAGAAAACUGUGUUGCCUUCAUGUGGAGAUAUCAUGUCAACAACAAUUCAGAUAGAUGUGUCAAUGGUGUAUUCCUUACAAGUUACCUGUAGUGAUACUUUUGAAACAGCAGUGGAAACCAAGCUUAUGGCAGAUUUUAAGAAUAAGAUCUACCAAACUUGGAAUACUUUAUGUUCUUCAAGUGACUGUUCUGAUGUUUCCAUCAAACCUUCUUGUGUAUCUGAUAGUAAACAAAUGAUGAUGGCAAUACAAAUAAAAAGUCUGAGUAAUGAGAUCACAAGGAGAUCUGGUGGAUCAGAAAAGUAUACACCUAAAGAGGUCCUAAGAGUUUUGAUAUUUGAAGAGGAUGCAUUUGAUGCUAAGGACAUUGGUGGAGCAAUGGUACUGAAUGAUCAAGUAGUCAUAACUGACACAGUCUCCUGUCCUGCUGGUUACAUGGUGAUUGGAGACAACUGUGUUGCAUGCAGCAUGGGAACAUUCUACAACAGGACCAGUCAGAACUGUGAAUUCUGUCCUGUUGGAACUUACGGAAGUUCUACUGGAUUAACAAAUUGUACAGUCUGUGGAUCAGACAAAACUACACUCGGUGUCGGUUAUACAACCAGUAGUGACUGUGUUGAUGGUUGUCCUGUUGGGCAGUUUUGGGAUGGUUCAAAAUGUUCACAUUGCUCAAAGCACUAUUAUCAGAACAUGACCGGCAAAGAUUACUGCUUUCCAUGUCCACUUGGUAAAAAAACAAGUGGUAUGGGCUCCAACAGCUCUUCACAAUGUUUCGACGAUUGUCCUGAAGGAACAGAGCUAAAACCGGAUGGAAAAUGUGUCAAAUGUCCUCGUGGAUAUUAUCGCAGCUUUCUGGAGGAUGUCUGCACGGAAUGUCCGGCAGGAAACACAACAGCAGGGAAUGGUAGCACUAGUAAAGACAGCUGUUACAUGACUAUAUGUUAUAAUGGAACAUAUCGCAACAAAACAACAAAUGUCUGUGAGUCAUGUCCAGUUGGAGAAUAUCAACCGGAAGACCUGCAAGAGGAAUGUAUCAAAUGUCCAACAAAAUAUUCUACAGAAUCAGCUGGAAAGAAUAACAUAACAGAUUGUGAAUUUUACUGUCCGAAGGGAUAUGAAAUCCUGUCGGCGGCCAAUGAGACCUGUCAGCCUUGUUCAAGAGGUUUCUACAAGGACAAUUCCGAUUUGUUCGGUAGUUGUGAGUCCUGUCCAACUGGUAACACAACAGAGAAAAUGAACUCCACCAGCAUUAAAAGCUGUUCUAUAAGUGAAUGUAGCAGUGGACAAGAGAUAGAUUCUACAGGCGGGUGUUCUGAUUGUGAAAUGAAUAAGUAUCAGCCUGUAAAUAUACCAACAUCCACUAACAAAUGUUUAUCAUGCAAGGACAACUAUGGCACAAAACAGAAAAUGUCUAACAGUUCUUCAGAUUGUCUACCCAUGUGUCUUGGAGGACACUUCUUUAAUCAAACAUCAAUGAUGUGUGAAAAAUGUCCCAAAGGAAGCUGGAACAAUGGAAACUUUACUAUGAAGUUUGAGGGCUGUGUGGCCUGUCCUGUCAAUUUAACCACAACGGGACCAGGAAUGACGUCAGAGGAUAAUUGUACUCUGUUGGACUGUGAUCCUGGAUCCUACAUAAGUGGUACAGAUUGCCUGUUGUGUGACUUUGGAUAUUACCAGCCAGCCCGUCACCAGGAGUCUUGCAUACAGUGUGGAACCAAUCUUAAUACCAGUACAGAAGGUGCUUCCAAAAAAGAAGAAUGUCAACUAUACUGUGGGGCUGGAUUAGAAGGACAAGAUAGCUGUACUGCCUGCAAGGAAGGGUUUGUCAAAGGUGGCUCAGGAACAUUCAUGUGUCAGGAAUGUACUGGAAACUUUACAUCCAAUGACGCUCGCACUGAAUGUACUGAAUUGUUCUGUGACAAGGGGUUCUACAGUAAUGUUCAUCAAAACAGCUGUAUGCCCUGUGAUAUUGGGUAUUUUAAAAAGGACAGAGGAAAUGCUCUAAAAUGUACCAGAUGUCCAGAUGGAUUUUUGACUCCAAAUGUUGCUUCAACUUCCUCAGAGAAUUGCAAUGAACCUUUUUGCAUACCUGGCCACUACCUGAACUCCAGCGGUGUUUGUGUACCAUGUAUGAUAGGUUUCUAUAAAGAUGUGACAGGAAAUGGGAAUUGUACAGCCUGUCCAUCAAACCUUACCACACCACAGAUUGGUUCUACCGAACUCUCCAACUGUUCCAUUGUUGUUUGUGAUGCUGGUGAAAAGAGGAUUAGCAGCAAUAACACUUGUAUGAAAUGUCCUUUGGGGUAUUACCAGCCAGAGAGAGGAGAAAGUAAAUGUAUUGAAUGUGGUGAUGGCCAGACCACGGAACAAGUGGGGACAGAUACCAAAACAGGCUGCAUCCCCAUUUGUCCUGCUGGAGAGGAAUAUGCCAGUAAAUCAUGCACAGAAUGUCCCCUGGGAAGUUACAAGUCAGAAAUAGGCAACAACAAAGCCUGUACCACAUGUCCAAGUGAAUAUACAACAGAAUUCACUGGUUCAAUAUCUGUCAACAACUGCUCUCUUCCUGACUGUAUGCCAGGGACCUAUCGCUCAGCUGGUGGUUGCCAAAAUUGUCCAGUAGGAACAUAUCAGGAUCUAAAGUCUAAGGAAUCCUGCGAGGCCUGUCCACCAGAAAAAAAUACUACAGAAACGACAGGAGCAACAUCUCUGGAUUUUUGCAUUAAAUUUUGUUCAGCUGGCCAACAAUAUGAUAGGGAUUCAAAAACUUGUAAAAACUGUCCCAAGGAUUUCUACACCAACAAAACCGUUUCCCAGUACUGUAUCAAGUGUCCCACCGGAUACAUCACAUAUGGAGAGGGAUCUGAUUCCUGUAUCCGGCUGUCAGUACCAGACUCGGGAACAACACAAGCCCCUGCAGUACCUGUACAGCAGACUUAUACAUUCAAUCUAAAAUACAAGGCUACAGUGGAUUGUUCAGAUAAAACAACCCAAAAUCAAAUCAAAACAAACCUUUUAGGUAGAAUAAGAGAACACCUCAGGAAAUUGGUCAGACGUUUUUCCAAUCUCUGCAGUUUACAAGAGACCAGUAAUUGCUUUGCAUCUAUAGAUGUAACAAUCAAAGGCUGUCAGAAAGCAACUUCAAGGAAGAGAGCAACAGAAGCUUCAACUAUUGAUAUUGAAUUGAACAUACCUGAUUUGGGUGAAACUGUUACAGACACCACUAAAAAUGUAGAAUUGCAAACAGAAAAAAUGCUUCAGGAGGAUUUAGAAACACAAAAGGAAGAAUAUACACCAGCGGGAUUAACACUGUCAGAAUCUUCUUUUGUGGGGAAACAUGUGACCUGUACAGUGGGAUAUAUUUCAACCAACGACAACAAGUCAUGUGAAAUAUGUCCAGCUGGAUCAUACCAUCAUAGCACAAGCAACCAAUGCAUGAAUUGUUCACAGAACACCUAUCAGGACCAGGCUGGGAAAACAAGCUGUAAAAGUUGUACAGGGAGUAUAAAGAAGUACACCCAAUCCACAGGCUCAAGUUCAGAAAACGACUGUGUGUCUGAAUGCGAAACAAAUCAAAACUACUGUAAAAAUGGAGGAAGCUGUGGCUCAAACGAGGUGACAAUUUGGUGCGCCUGUAUGGAACGUUUCUCAGGACCAAAGUGUGAAGACCAAGCAGAAUUGACAUCAAACACUCCAUACAUCAUUGGAGGGGCUGUGGGUGGAUUUGCUCUAUUGAUGAUCAUCGCUCUCGUUGUCAUUAGUAUAGUCCGAUUUCUCAAAGGAUCAAGAGACUCUUCUGCUUCCAAAUAUUCACAGAAGGAUGAUCUAGAUUACAAUGGCUAUAAUUACAAUGUGCCUUUACAAAUGUACGACAACAACUCCAAGAGAGGAAGGAUGCCCGACUCGUACGCCCGCAUGAAUCCAGCCUUCGGCUAUGAUGAUCAGUAUGGUGACACCUACCAGAGAGGCAACUAUCCAUACAGAGAGGACAACAAUGCGUACCGAUGGCAGGAGGCAGGAGACUAUGAUCUCUAAUCAAGUAUAACUAUUAUUGUAGGUGUUUACUUUAUGGAUCUAGGAUUUUUGACAUUUUAACAGGUUUUAUUCUGUGCAAAAUAUCCGGAGAAUUAUUAUAUAUUCUACAUUUAUACUUCAUGUAUAAUUGAUGUGUGCUCUUUGUAAAGUUUUUAUAUUAAUCAAGUAUAUUUGCAUAGUUAUAAGUGUGAUAUAUAUUAUUAUCCUUUUAUUGUUAAUCACAUUUACACAAUGUUCAACAGAUAUGUUUUACAAUGUCAUCUUUAGAUAGUGUAGGUUUAUUUUCAAAGAAAUUUAACAAGUUGAUCUUUGACAUAUUGCCACAAAAAUACAUAUAAUGUAAAAUUUCUUGCAUUAUUUAGUUUUCGGAGUGAAAGGUUGUACGUAAUAUGAUGACUGUUUCUGAAGGAGUGUGAUCAGACUUAAAAAACAAUGCUCUGUGGUGCUUUUCAUCUACACAUAUUUUUCUAAAUCAAAUAUUUUUCAAAUUCUUUUUUGACUUCGUCUUUCACUGCCUUUGAUAUUAUAGUUCUUGCAAGUAAAUGUAAGAUGUACCUUAAUAUUUAAAACAUCGUGGUAUGUUCAAGUCAACAAUUUAUAAUACAAUGCUUUUAAUAAAUUACAUGUAUGACCAACAUGAUCUAUUAUUAAGAAGAUUGAAUUCAAAUAGUAUUUCAUCUAACACAAGAAACCCUUUAUGAAAGUACCAAAACACUCAUUUUGAACAGUGACAUUUUCUGUUACUCUUUAGCACACGCACAGAUCUAGCUUUAUUUCUCUAGUUUCUCAAUAUUAUCAGUUUUCAUCUGUGUGGUGAACGAUCAUCUGCAAUCAACAAAAUCAAAAUGUAUUAAAUACAAUCAAAUUCAUGAAUAAAUCAAAAUUAUUUAAUAUUUAUUUUUUAGUAAUGAAAUUUAUGUACACCAACUUCGUUUUUUAGAGUGCAUGAUUUAGAAAUGUUAUUUGUUAAAGCUUUUGUUUGUCCAUGUCUUAAUAGUUGUGAUGCAUCUUUUUUUCCUACAUUAUAUGCGCUUUAAUGUUCAGUGUGAUGAUGGUUGUAUUUUGUGUUGUAUUUUCACCUCACUGUGAUUAUCAAGACCAUCACGCAACACUAUUAUAUAUUCAGAUUUAUAAUAUCAUACUAGCCUACAAUUUUUUAUGCCAUUUGAUUUUUAUUAUUAUACAUGUACAACAUUUCCUUAUAUACAAUUUUAUGCAAAUUAAAUUUGUAAAAAAGAG